AGAUAGAGAGAGAGGACCGCUUCAGAGAGCGUGAUCAAGGAAAGAUCAAAUCACAUAUUCAUCAUCCACCUCGAUACCCUUAUCGUACGCCUCUCUCUUACCAUUAAGUCCCUUUAACGUACGCAUAUUUUUUUUUUCCAAAGUACGAAAUAGAAAGAGACCGUAGGAGAGAGUUCUUACAAAUCUUACAAGUACAAAGCUUUGCCCCCUGAAACAAAUCUUUGGCUCUCUCUCUCUCUCUCUCUGGAUACGGUCUUCCUUUUAAUCAAAUCGCAUAAAAGUUUAGAAUUUUUAUUUUGAUUGGUAUCUGUUAGAAAACAAAUGAUGUUCCAUGUCGUCUGUGUCUGCUUCAUGCAACAUGUUGGUUUGGAUUUGGUUACAAAACAUUUAAUCUAGAGUUUAGGAUAAGGUUUUCGGAUUUUUUUCCCUCUCUAGUAAUAGUUUCUUGUCGGAGAGUAGCAGGAAAAAAUAAAUAAAGUUUUUUAUAUUUAUUUUCACUUUUAGAGAAGAAGAGAAAAAAAAAGAGCUAAUUUGCUGAAUAUACUAAAAAUGGUGAGAUACCAUAGAAUGGGGGGUAAAUGGUAAUGAUAGGGGGAAAAAAAUUAGAGGGAUAUAGUGUAUGGAGUGCAAAUAUGUCGAAUCCUUGGUGGGUAGAGAGUCCAGUGACGUCAUCAGCUCCUUCUUUGCACCACAGGAGCAAUAACCCUACUAUGACCCUGUCGGAUCCGAGACUGGACCAUGACUUCACCAACAACAGUGGAAGCCCUAACACUCAGACUCAGAACAGCCAAGAGGAGCAGACCAGCCGCGACGAGCUACCCGCGGUUGAGCCCGGAUCCGGAUCCGGGUCUACGGGUCGACGUCCUAGAGGCAGACCUCCCGGUUCCAAGAACAAGCCCAAGAACCCAGUGGUUGUCACCAAAGAAAGCCCUAACUCGCUGCAAAGCCAUGUCCUGGAGAUAGCCUCGGGUGCUGACGUGGCGGAAAGCCUAAACGCGUUCGCUCGUAGACGCGGGAGAGGCGUUUCGGUUCUGAGCGGGAGCGGUUUGGUCACUAAUGUCACUCUGCGUCAGCCUAGUGCGUCUGGAGGAGUUGUGUCUCUUCGUGGUCAGUUUGAGAUCUUAUCUAUGUGCGGUGCGUUUCUUCCGACUUCCGGUUCUCCCGCUGCAGCCGCUGGUUUAACCAUUUACUUAGCUGGAGCUCAGGGUCAAGUCGUGGGAGGUGGAGUAGCUGGACCGCUUAUUGCAUCAGGACCGGUUAUUGUAAUCGCUGCUACGUUUUGUAAUGCUACUUUCGAGAGGUUACCGAUUGAAGAUGAGCAGCAAGGAGAGCAGCAGCAACCACAAGUAGAAGAAGCUAAGAAGGAGACUGAUGAUAAUGAGAGUGGGAAUGAUGGAAACGAUGGGUCGAUGCAAGCGCAGCAGAUGUAUAGUAUGGGUCCUAGUUUUGUGCCAAAUGGUCAUCAAAUGGGUCAGCAAGACGUGUUUUGGGGGGCUCCUCCGCCUCGUGGUCCUCCUUCGUAUUGAUAGUUAGAUAGGCGGUGGUGGCUGGACGUGGUUCUUUUAACUGGAAUGGAAUGAUUAUAUGGUUAGGCUUUUGUUUAUUAAGCUCUUAAAAUUUUCCUCUUGUGCGGGUAACGACAUUUAGCUAGUGUUUGUUUGUGUUUGUGGCGGUGAUUACUGGUUUUUUGUGACUAGUUAUUUUGAUCGGCGGAUAGCUUUUUAUGGAUGUUAAACUGAUGGUAGAAUCGCAUUUGAGCUUUGA